AUGGAGCUAAUUCAUCCUUCAGGUAUGUUUUGCUGGGCUUUUUUCAUCGGACAUUAUGAAGAGAUGCCACUCUUGUUACUAGGGUCUCCGUCUUCGCUUUUGCUAGCAUAUUUCAGUACGCAGCACGGGUUGCACCAAGUAGAAUUGAAGUGUCUAGCCGUCCGAGUGCGGACUAUGGCCUGGGUCUCCUCUGGACAGAACUUAUCUUCCAAAGAUUUACCUAUUGGAUUUUUGGUUGCUACUACUGAAGUGGGCACUUGCUGGACCUUUCAAGUUGAGCUUCAAAAAGAUGGUCGCUUUUCUAUCCAGCAUUGUAAUGAACGUUACAUUGACCCCAUACAGUCUUGUGAGGAACAACUUGGCAAAAACAUUGAUAUUUGUCCGAAUGCACCCUAUUUGGCUACAAGUUCUUUCUCUGGGGAGUUGCUUUUCUAUUCACAAUCGUUUUUGGAAGACAAGACGCCAACUUUCAUUAAGUUAGGUUUAGAAGGUACCAUCCUUCAUAGCACCUUUUUGUUUCCUAAGCGCUCCUCCCUGUCUUGUGUGACAUAUGUGUGUUUACUUCUUGAAUCCAGUGGAACGCCUCGUAUUGUUAUAUAUCGAUGGAUCCAAGGUAUUUCCUCUUCGAACAGCACUUCCUAUACGUCACAUUCAAUUCCAGUUCCGCUAGAGUUUGCUGUCACAUCACAUAUACUAGCUUGUCCUGAACUACCCGACCAUUUCCUGCUGCUUUUGGAAAAUAAGCUCUGCUUACUAUCUGCUUCACAGAUUGAAUGCGGUGAUCUAAAGUUCUUACAAGAAACACUACCGACAUAUCAGUCUCCCUCUUUUCCGCUUUCAUUGGUCAUUGAUCCCACAGUACCCAAUACGUGCUAUUUGGUGUAUGAAAAUGGUGCUCUCAUCCACGUUCGCUUUUCAGUUGUUUCAAUGGACUUCUUCUAUAUCGGCCGUUUAAAUAGCCCUUUGGGUAAUUAUCUUCUUCCCUUUUAUCCUUAUUUAUUAUGCUGUGGUGAUGGUUAUGACACUUCUGUAUAUGAUGUUUCUUCUUUAAAUUUAAGCCUGAUUGCGACAAUGCCUAGCUGGUCUCCAAUGUGGGACUUUGUCUACACAGGCGAUUUCCAAAACAUUCUUUUGGAUGAGGAAGUUUUAGAUAGCACGUGCUACGCAGUUUCUGGAAUUGGGGAAUCUGGUGCUCUUGUCAAACUGCGUCAUGGUUGUUCGGUUUCAGUCCUAUUAGAAGCAUUAAUGACAGAAGGAGCUCUUUUAAAAGGAGUUUUAGAGUCUUUAGAAGACUCUUUGUUUUAUGUUUGGCUAAAUUAUCCUUGGCAAACUCUAGUAUUAAAACUUCAGAUGGAUGGUACCGUUGAAGAUAUUUCAGAAAGCCUGGCUUUGGAAGAUUCAUUAUCCCUUGACAUUGCCUUGAUCAACGAAACAUUUCUGAUCGUUACAGAUCGAUCGGUUUACACUGUAACUCCAGACUUUUCACAAAAUAUCCUUAUGCAAUCUCCAGACAUCGAGGAUUUUAUUCUCUCAAUACAUACAGAAAACAUGCUUUAUGUCGUUAGUACAAAUAAGGAAACCUCGGAGUCCUUCUUAUAUGCUUUUUAUUUCAAUUUUGAUGAGGCCAAAAACUUAAACAUACAAGGAUUAAGUGAUCCUAUAAAGAUUUCGUCCGUUCCUCAUUGUAUAACAUCAUUCACAUUGGGUGGAUGUUCUGUGCUUGCAUUAGGAUACGCUUCAUUAGACUUUUUGACUUAUAUUACCUUUCUAGACGACUCGCGAUUCUCUAUAUAUGAUGUUCCCCUUAGUGGAAAUUCUCUAAACUUGUUUCCACACGAAAUUUCCUUCAUAAAAAAGAGUGAAGAAAAAGUUCAUAUAGUGUUUUCAAGUUAUGAACACAUUGUAUCUACUCCUCUCGUUAUAAACGCUGAGUGUAGGUUAGAGUUUGGGUUUCCUUCUAUAAAAAAGUUGGGGACAUUGCCGUUGUCCUUUCAAAAUCCUUCCAACAACCCUGAAUUUCUCUAUGGCUGGGAUGAUAAAGUAUAUACGAUAACUGUUGAUGAUGAUACUAAUGAACUGAAUUUGAAUGCUCUUAAUGAUGUUGAAAACAUAUUUCAUUCUGUUUCUGGAAUUUAUGAUCUUCCCGAAAAAUUACAGAGGAAAAAUACAAAGAUAGUAGUCUAUUUCUCUAAUAGUACCCUUUAUCUUUCGGAACUAAUUCUUCCUCAGAGGACAUUUGCUACAAAAUACAAGGUUGGCGCUACUCCUAGGAGAGUGUUACAUGAUAAGUUUACCGAUUUGCUUGUAGUUGGUUGCAACCACGUAUAUAUAGAAGAUUUAAAAACAUGCGAUUUGUUAUUUUUUGACUUGAAAAGUUCCAAAUAUUUGCAAAGAUCAUGGCCUUCUACUGAUAUAAAGGGGAAACGGAUUUUUAAAAAUCAUGAAACGCUUUAUGCGAUGCAGUUUUGGAUCAUUAGAGAUCCUAAAAGACGAAAAUUUAGGUAUCUGUGUUUGGGAACUGGGAUUAUGAGUUCUGAAUCAAGCUCAGGAAGAUUACUGAUCUUAACUAUGAUUCAUAAUAGUUCCACUACGGUUGAACUUCGAAGUGUGAUAACGUUAAGUAUGCCGCAGCCAGUGUAUUCUGUAUGUUCCCUCGAAGAUCGAGGAUUAUGUUAUUCAUUAGGUCGUCGCCUUGGAAUAAAAAUAUUAGAUCUUGAAUCCAAGAAGUUUUCUAAUGGUGAUUGCGAAGUUACUACGCGAUCCCCAAUUGUUUCAAUGCAUACACAUAAAAACUACAUAUUUGCGACGAGUCUACGAGAUUCCGUAUCUGUGUUUGAGUAUAUUAAGGAAACAAAUUCUUUGCACUUGGCAUGCAAUGAUAUAUGUCCAGCUUUGGGUAUUGAUUGCUACUACCUACCCCAAGAAAAACUACUUUACGGGUGUGACAAAGAGAAGCACAUAACCUGUUUUAAGUAUGAAGCUGGGCUUCGCACUUCACAACAUUUACAAAAAUUAGAGCCAAUUUUAACUCAAAAGUCAAAAAGGAAAUUGCCUAGCAUUACUAAUAGACUCAAAUAUGGCUUACUUCGAAAAAACGAUAACCAAGAACAAUGGGGUAUAGUUGGUGGAACCAUUGGAGGCGAUAUAUACAAAUCUUUUUGA